AUUGAAGACUACUUCUGAAUUUGAAAACUAUAAACAGCCAAAAGAGAAAGAGAGAAAGAGGGUUUUGUAACUUUGAAGAAUCGUUUGAUUGAUCAUCAAUGGCGUCAAGGAAGAGCUAUCUUUCAAAGCCAAGUUACAUUUUUGCAGAGACCCAUUUCAACAACCAGAAAUCUCCUCCUCAAGAGGGUGGUGUGUUGGAGUUGGAUGAAGCUGAUUUGUGGAUUUCAUGGAGCCAGAGCCCUGCAACAGAGGCCUUGAAGAAGGGGUCGCCGCGAUCUGGGUUGAAGAGAUCAGGGGCAAGGAAGGUUGUGGAUGCUGGGAAUACCGGAGGGAGACCAGGUCCGGGCUCAUUGCCGGUGAGCAUACCUGACUGGUCCAAGAUCUUGAAGCAGGACUACAAGGAGCACAGAAAGUGGAACAGUGAUGAUGAAGAUGAUGAUGAUGAAGAUGGUGAUGAAGAACAUUUGCCUCCUCAUGAGUAUUUGGCAAGAACCAGAGGAGCUUCUCUUUCAGUUCAUGAAGGGAUUGGAAGGACCCUCAAAGGUAGGGAUUUGCGCAGUGUUAGGAAUGCCAUUUGGAAGAAAGUGGGGUUUGAAGAUUAAUUAGUGUUAAUUAAUUAAUUGAGGUUUCAUCUAAUCAGGGUAUAGAGAUAAUAACAGUAUGUGGAUUGGAUCCAGAAUUUCUUAUUUGGGGAAAAUUUUGGGUGAUUUAGGCGAUGAUUAAGUAGUAAUUUGAUGACUUCUAGCUAGAGGUAUAUCCUCUGAAUAUGUAUAUGCUAUGUUGUUCUUGGACUUUUCUCUUUUUUGGCUUUUUAUUUCAAUGUUGACUAAUAUAUCCUUAAGUUAUAAUUAAGGAGAUGCAUGUAUGAUCCUUAUUUUGGGUGGCUGUCAAUUUUAAAGAAGGACCACUCAUGUAUGCUUUGUAUUGAACUGAUGAUCAUGAACUUUUUAAUUAUAUGAUGAUUUCUAUUUAUGAUUAA